AUGGCUCCCAACCGCUCCCACCGCAAGGGAAACAACCGCGGCAACGGUCGCAAGAACGGCGGCAACGGCCGCCGUUCGAACGGCGGCAACGGCCGCCGGGGAGACGACGACAAUCGUGUCGUCAAGAAGUCCCGCCCCUCUCGCCCCUCCCACCCCCCCCGCCCCAACACCCAGUACGACCUUGUCCCACAAGAGCAGGGCAAUGUUGAGGCCGAGAAAGUGGACGGCAAGUGGCAGCUCAAUGCCACUCGUCUCGAUCUCCCCCCGGGCGCGGAUCCCGGCGCCUUCGUGACUGGCCGAGACAAUGUGCUCGUCGGCUCCGCCCCCUCCGAGACGCUGCGCCCCAUGCUGCAGAGCGUGCUCGACAGGACGAGCGAGCACCUGCCCCAGGGCUCCCGGUCCACCUUCGUCAUCCAGCAUCAGCUGCCCGACGAGCUCAACGGCCAGCCCCUCCGCCUCCAGAACGUGUUGGGCGCUGAGGCGGCCAAGAGGGAGGCUGCACGCCUCCGUGGCGGCGGCCGUCGAGGCGCCAGGCCGGCGGACGAGGGCAGAUGUGGCAACUGCCACAAACCAGGCCACGAGGUCAAGGACUGCGUCAGCGCAGCCGCCUCAGGCUUCAUCGAAGCCUGUCCAUUGCACAACUCGUCGAUGCACCUGAUCGACGAGUGCAUCCACGACCUCAAGCCAGAGGCCAUGUUCCGCUUCCUGGUGAAGGGACGGGCUGGCAAGCCCCCGAUUGCCACCCGCCUGUACAACUGGCCCAAGUUGGUCACCGAGGGCCAGGUGCCCCAGCUCCUCGAGUGCUACCCCUGGAGCCGCAAGUUCUCCUCGGCCUGGGCCCGCGAGAUGGCCAACAUCGCGCAGAUGCAGGACUACGACUACGUCAACCCGUCGCCCCUGCCCGCCGACCCCAAGACCUGCAGCCGCGCUGCCGUCUUCGCCAACAUCCCGCAUCUCGGCAAUGAGUUGCUCUGGGGAGCCGCCCCGGCGGCUGCCCAGCCGGCCGCAGCUGCCCAGCCGGCCGCAGCUGCCCAGCCGGCCGCAGCUGCCCAGCCAGCCGCAGCCGCCCAGCCAGCCACAGCCGCGGACGUGGACAUGGACCUGGAGGACGCCAUUGCAGAUAUCGCCAAUGCCGCCGGUCCUGCUGGCCCUGUUGCCAACGCAGGCAACGAAGACGACGACGAUGUCUUGGCCCGCCCUCUCGCCAACGCCAAUGCCAGUAUGGCAGGCAGCGAUCUGGAUGCAGACUAUUCUGCAUAUGCGGCUAGUCUGGAUUCGAUUCGGUGA